CACGAAUUCACCGCAGACUACAUGCUCGGCUCGAGCGACGCGGACGCGUGGAGCGUCGCGGAGCUGCUCCAGCUGGCGCGCUCGCGCGGCGACACAGACGCGGAGCGCGAGUGGGCUGAGGUGGGCCUCGGCUACACCGAGUCGGCAGGGCAUCCUACGCUGCGCGCGGCGGCAGCGGCCCUGUACGGGGGGCCCAUCGGCGCGGAGCAGGUGUUGUGCGCCGUGCCGGUGGAGGGCAUCUUCCUGGCGAUGUCCUCGCUCCUCGCCCACGGCGACGUGGUGGUCGCGAUGAUGCCAGCGUACCAGUGCCUGUACGAAGUCGCGCGCUCCAAGGGCUGCACCGUCGUGCCCUGGCGCGCCUCGUACGAGCCCGGCGUGGGAUGGUCCUUCAGCCUCGCCGACCUGCGGAGCGCCCUGGUCGACGACGAAGGGGCGCCGCGCGAGGUGCGGAUGGUCGUCACGAAUUUCCCGCACAACCCGACCUCCUGGAUGCCCUCCAAUGCGGAGCACGUAGAGCUGGUCGAGAUCUGCCGCGAGAGAGGAGCAGUCCUGUUCUCGGACGAGAUGUACUGGGGCAUGGCGCUCGAGUCCGGCGAACGCCCUGUCUCGUCCUGCGUGCGGUACGAGCGGGCGGUGACCCUGAGCGGGCUCUCCAAGCCGCACGGCCUUCCAGGGCUGCGGGUCGGCUGGCUGGCCACGCAGGACGUGCAGGCCAUGUCGAGGCUGCAGCAGUGCAAGGACUACGUCACCAUCUGCGGCAGCGCCCCCAGCGAGGCGCUCGCGAUCAUCGCGCUGAGGCACGGCGAGGCCCUCCUGGCGCGCGCCUGGGAGACCACGCGGGCGAACCGGCCGCACCUCAGGGCCUUCUGCGAGGAGUUCUCGGGCCUCUUCGAGUGGACCCCGGAGCCAUCCCGAGGGCUCGUGGCCCUCGUGGUGCUGCGAGGCUGGGCGGCCAGCAUGGGCGCCCAGAGCUUCGCCGACUGGAGUGCCACCACGGCGAGCUGCGUGCUGGUGCCGUCCGAUUGCUUCGAGGCCCCAAGCCCGCCCGCCGUGCGCUUCGGCCUGGGGCGCCGCAACUUUCCCGAGGCCCUGGCGCGCCUGGGGCAGCACCUCCGCGCCCAGGGCGCCCAGGGGCCCGCGGCGCCCUGA